UUCUGGUGGUGUGAUUGGGUAAGUGGGAGGGUUCAAUAUUUCUGAAUUCAUGUCACUUGACUUGUAGUUUGUAAGUGAAAUGUCUAAUUUCUGAACCCGUAUAAGUGUCCUCAUCACUUCAACUGCCACAAUGGGCUCCGUCCUGAGCAAGGCUCCUGUGCGGGCAUCUACCACAACAUCAACGACCACCAAGGGUGUCUACGCUCCGUCACCCCCCUCCAACUCGCGCGCGGUGGUCCCUGGAUCCUCCGACGAGCAGUUGGACUUCGAAGAGGAGCUGGAAGCCAAGAGAGAGGAGGAAAUUGCAGAGAAGCAGAAGGCGGCGGUGGCACACGUCGUUGAGAACCUCUUCCCGUAUGCACCUGUGACAGUACAGACGCAAAAGUAUCCGAGUACGAGCCCAAAAGCAGGCCAGUCUUACCUCUGGAUCACAGUUGAUGAGGCUGAAAUCAAGCGAAGAGGAGGUGGAGAGAGUGCCAUACGCUAUCCUGUGGGCGCAGCAGUCGAUAAAAACGGCAAUGUGUUUGUAUCGGAAGCAGGGAGCACGCCAAAAGCCAACUCAAAAGAUUCUACCACUCCGUACAAAAUUUCAGCAGAAAACAUCAUGAACUUUGUGACGAACAAGAAUCCUCCACCAAUGUUGAAACCGCCAAGACUGGUAGAAGCGCAGCAAACAGAGCUGGUUGUGAAAUGGAAGAAGUCGACGGACUCAACUGUUGAUCGCUAUGAAGUGCAAUACCGUCGUUCUGAUAGCCCAUACAAUGCAUGGGCAGGGCUAGCCGUAGUCACAGCCUGGAAACACGUCAGCUUGAGCGGUGUGAAGUGCCAUACCCCGUUUGAGUUCCGGGUCCGUGCACGAAAUCCUGGAGGAUGGAAUGAUUACAGUGAUGCAAGUGAGGUUUUCUGGACGCUGCCUGGUCCUCCAGACGUUCCUCGACAACCUAUAGCUGGUACUGUUUCCAAUACGUAUGCAAGUAUCUUUUGGUUUCCUGUCAAAGCCAAUGGAGCUCCACCAGUUAUUUAUUCUCUUGAGAUGAGAGAAAGUGGUGGGGGCCAACAAUCGUCUUUUCUUCAGGUAUAUGAGGGAACUGGAACUGGGUUUGUUGUUGGCGGACUCACUCCAAAAACAACGUACACGUUUCGUAUUCAGGCGUCCAAUAGUGUUGGAGCUACUGGGUUUGUUGAAAGUAAACUUGUCAAAACAAUGGCUUACGGUAAGCCGGAAAUUGUGGAACUUACGAGUGCAGAGAAAACUGCAGCGUAUGAUCGUUGGGUGCAAUGCUGGGAUCCCAAAACAGAGCAAGUGUUUUACUUUAAUAAAUUUACAAGCCAGCGGGUAAUUGAGGAACCACCGGAGCUUGCUGUUGUAAGAGAGGAGAAGGGUCUUAUAAAUAUUGAAGAAACACCAGAAAUGGUAUUCAGGCGCAAGCGAUUUCGUUUUCACCGUGAAAUCCGCCAAAGUAUGCAGGGUCUUAACUUUGGCAGCAUUAUGAAGAUUGAGCUCCAGCGCGAGUCUAUGUUUGAAGGAACAAUGAAGUACUUCCAGUCUCUCAAGAAGGCUGAUCUGGUUGCCAAACCUAAGAUUUCAUUUGAAAAUGAACCAGGAAUUGACUCGGGUGGACUGUCAAAGGACUGGUUUCUGCAAGUGUCGAAGAUGGCUACCCACAAAGAUCGAAGGUUGUUUAAAGUGUGCGAUGAAGGACUAUUUACAGUUGAUAUCUCGUCGUCGGAAGUCCCAAACUUUGCCCAGCAGUAUAAGUUUCUGGGUAAAUUCAUUGCAAAGGCGAUAUUUGACAGACAAACGCUGGAUUUGCCUUUAUGCAACGUAUUUUACAAGCACUUACUGCUAAUACCUACAGGAAUGGAUGAUCUUCAACAAAUGGAUUCACAGUAUCAUAAAUCGUUGGUAUGGAUGCUUGAAAACGACAUUGAAAACGUGAUCGAUGAGACCUUCAGUGUGGAGAUGGAAGGUGGAAAGAAGCCUGCCAUCGUGGAUCUAAAGGAGAACGGCAGGGAUACUCCAGUUACUGACGUCAACAAGCAAGAGUACGUGGAUCUGGUGGUGCAGUGGCGUACACAGUUUGGUGCUCAAGCGCAAAUGGAUGCUUUAGUUCAGGGUUUCACCACCCUCAUUCCUCUGUCCGCUAUCAAAACCUUCGAUUUGGUGGAGUUAAAACUGCUAGUGAACGGGAAACCAACGAUUGAUGUAGAAGAGCUCCGCUCCUGUACUGUCUUCCAAGGUGGCUUCGAUGAGCACUCACAAGUUGUACUCUGGCUAUGGCAGGCUUUGCGUGAAUUCACAAUCGAAUUACGUGGCCAGUUUCUAAAAUUUAUGACAGGUACGAACAAGAUUCCGCUCGAUGGCUUUGAGCCUCCGUUAAACUUGACCAAGUCAGACCUUGACCCCCAGGCACUGCCACGAACGCAUACAUGUUUCAAUCAACUCGUACUUCCUGAAUAUACUAGCUACGAAACACUUGUCGAGAAGGUUACGUUUGCAAUCAACAAUGCUGAAGGCUUUGAGCUUUCUUAAAGUCACCAAUGACACGAAAAAAACGCUUUGGAUUGCCACUUAUGUGUCUUACAAACCGUCUGUACAAGUUUGGGUUGCACCAGUUAGCUAAAGUCGAUUCCCUGGGCAAGCGGAAGCUCCUUGCUAUAGUUAAUGGUGCACGUCGAACGACGCAUGUACUGUUUCCAUGCGUCACUACCAGACUCGCGACCACCACCAGUCUCCUUCUCGCCACCGAAAGCUCCACCAAUCUCAGCACCGCUAGGUCCGAUGUUGAUGUUCACAAUGCCACAGUCCGAUCCCAGAGGUCCUGUCCACUUGAAAAUUGCUGCCUGGUUCUUCGUGAACAGAGACGACGACAAGCCUUGUGGAACAGCGUUGUUCUUCUCGAUCGCCUCCUCAAGAGUCUUGAACUUCAGCGCAUACAGGAUUGGUGCAAAAAUUUCCUUCUGGACGAUCUCAGCAUCGUGGGCGAUGGAAACGAUAGUCGGCUCCACGAAGUGGCCCUCGCCUUCGAUCUUCUUGCCACCAGUCAGAAUCUGCACAACAAACAAGGAAUGUUGUUAGAACACAUUUCAACACACCAACAAUACUGAUGCACACACCU